CCCGCCGCCGCGGCUCGGACCCCGGCCAUGUACGCCUUUGUGCGCUUCCUGGAGGACAACGUGUGCUACGCGCUGCCCGUGUCCUGCGUGCGCGACUUCAGCCCCCGCUCGCGCCUCGACUUUGACAACCAGAAGGUCUACGCUGUCUACCGGAGCCCCGAGCCCCCCGAGGCGGCGGCGCCCCCCGCGCCCGCGCCCGCCGGGGCCUCCUGGGGCGCGCUGCUGCCGCACAAGGCCCAGAUCCUGGCGCUGGCAGAGGACAAAACUGACCUUGAAAAUAGUGUCAUGCAGAAGAAAAUCAAAAUCCCCAAACUUUCCCUCAAUCACGUAGAAGAUGAGGAGGAAGUCCGAGACUAUGGCGAUGAUGAUGGGGAGUUUAGACACAGUAAGAGACAAGAGGGGCGGAAGCAAAGUGAGUCAGGUGCCCACAAGAGCAUCGAGGCCGUGGUGGCCCGCCUCGAGAAACAGAACGGGCUGAGCCUGGUGGGCAGGGCCAGCCCCGAGGACAUCUUUGUGGACUCCUCCAAGGGCAUGGACGGCAUGGACAGCACGGACGAUGCCGUGGUGCCUCGGGCCCUGUACGAGGAGCUGCUCAGAAGCUACCAGCAGCAGCAGGAGGAGAUGCGGCAUAUCCAGCAGGAACUGGAGAGAACUCGGAGGCAGCUGGUACAGCAGGCCAAGAAGCUCAAGGAGUGUGGGACGCUGGUGUCGGAGAUGAAGGAGCUCCGGGACCUGAACCGCCGGCUCCAGGACGUGCUGCUGCUACGGCUGGGCAGCGGUCCUGCUAUUGAGCUGGAAAAAGUAAAGUCAGAAUCCCUUGAACCCGAGCCGGAAUUACAGAAGACAUUCAGUGAGGAGGCAAAUACGUCAUCCUAUUAUCCUGUUCCCGCUCCCGUUAUGGACAAGUAUAUUCUAGAGAAUGGCAAGGUCCACCUUGGAAGUGGGAUCUGGGUUGAUGAGGAAAGGUGGCACCAGCUGCAGGUCACCCAAGGAGACUCCAAAUACACCAAGAACCUGGCCGUCAUGAUCUGGGGGACGGACGUGCUGAAGAACCGCAGUGUCACCGGCGUCGCCACCAAGAAGAAGAAGGACGCCGUCCCCAAGCCGCCCCUCUCCCCUCACAAACUGAGCAUCGUCAGAGAGUGUCUCUACGACCGAAUAGCACAAGAAACCGUGGACGAGACGGAGAUCGCACAGAGACUGUCCAAGGUCAACAAGUACAUCUGCGAGAAGAUCAUGGACAUCAACAAGUCGUGUAAGAAUGAAGAGCGGAGAGAGGCUAAGUACCACCUGCAGUGAGCCGGCGUCCAUCAGCGCGCCCAGCGCGCCGCAGCCGGGGCCUU